CUCAUCUCAACUCUGAUCGACGCGUGUUCGUGUCCUCUGCUCGGAUGAAGCCGAGAGCCGAGCCGCCUCCUCCGCUAUCUCCGAGCUGUCAUGCGUCAUGGUCUCACAUCGCUUUCCGAGCAUCAAAUAAUUCCCCGGACUAGGUAAACACCUUUCCCCACAACUUUCCAGCAUCACCAUGUCUGUCUCUUUUUUGCGCCUUUCAAGGGCGCGAACACCUUGUAUCCGUGCUAUUCGCUCCUUCUCUACUACAACUCCACGCCUUCAAUCUCCCGUUAGCUCCAUACCAUACACAGAACCAUGCCCGUCGCCAACAUGCGCAUGCGCCUCCGCGCCCCCUGAUCUAGACAUUGAUCGCAAGACGCCGCUACUCAACACCAUGGCACCUUAUACUGAGCAAGUGCUUCUGUGCACGGGCAAGGAAGAUUGGACAAGCAACCUCGAAGAUGACGAGAGCGCCACAGCAGACUUCGUGAAGGGACUGAAAGGCGUAAUCGGGAGAGGCGGCGAGGCGUUCGAUCCCUUCACCAACGUCCUCGUCACCGCGAGCUCACUCCCAGCGACUGAAGCCCCCGCCACUACAACCGCUUACCUCUUCCCGAGCUUCCAGCGCAUCACCGCCAUCCCCCACACCCCCGCAUCCCUCUCCGCCUUUGCAACCGCAUACCUCAAAGCGCCCACCCUGCACCCCAUGCACGCCGGCCUCACCCCCGCCCAGAAAGCAGCCCUGACCCGCGACACAUCGAAAGCGACCCUGCUCCCGGCCCCAGAGCCAAUCACAAACCCCGUCAUCCUGAUUUGCGGGCACGGCGGCCGCGACCAGCGCUGCGGGAUCUUAGGGCCCAUUUUGCAGAACGCGUUUCAGGCGGACCUCGCGCGCCGGGGCAUCCACGCCGAGGUCGCGCAGAUAAGCCACAUCGGGGGGCACAAGUACGCAGGCAAUGUUAUUAUCUAUCUGCCGCCGAGUAUGGAGGGGAAUGCGCUGAGGGGCGCGGGGAUAUGGUAUGGGCGCGUGGGACCGGGGCAGGUGGAGGGCGUGGUCGAGGAGACUAUUGUAAGAGGGAGAGUUGUGGGAGAGUUAUUGAGAGGGGGCGUGAUGAAGGAUGGAGGCAACAUUGGGAGGAUGGUGGAGGCGCAGCUCCAGGCAGAGAGGGGGGAGGAGGCGGGAGGGUUGAGGUUGAGGCCGAGGGCAAGGGCUUGAGGCGGUGAAGAGGGUUGGUUUGCGUGUUUGCAUAGCGUGCAUGAUGAUCGAACGACAUACCGUGUGCCUGAUAGAUUUUUGGCGUCGGCUGGAGGAUACACAUGCCGAGCCGAUGUAGCAUAUUACAACAUCCCCUCAAUCACAUAGCGAAGAAUCUCCCGACAAAGAUCGCUCGAGAUGAGGAUCAUACUUUCCAGAUACCCGUUUUCAUGUUGAAGACAUGGAACGCAACCCAUGAGAACAACAGUCACCAAUUUCGAGAGCU